AACCAAACCACCAAAGACAAAAAGUAAUAACUAAACUAGAAACACAAACUUUUCGGUAAAAGUUUAUCACAAGGGCGUUUUUGUCAAACUAAACAUUAGGUCCCACCAAAAAGUGUCUCACAUGUGGUAUGUGUCUUCUAGUGUAAGAGAAAGACUAAAUGUGUCCUAUAAUGUAAUCAACUCUUUCUUAAAUCAUUUUAUUUACUUUCCAUACCUGUACGAUUUAAAUUUUGUUUUACUAUAAUCAGUUUUGGAACAGUUUGUAUAAAAAAAGGUAACGCGAGAUAAGAAAGAAGAAAACGUAUUAAAAACAGUUUUUGUUUAAUAGCAGCAACAAACAACCAAAAGAUUAAAGAAAGAAAAAAAAAAAAAAAAGAGAGGAGGAAGAGACAUGAGAAAGAGAACGUGACAACACACGAGUUGGACGGUUUCUUGUUAAGACAAACCACGACCGUCCCUUUCCCCUCCUCAUCCCCUCUCUCUCUCCUCUUCUUCUUCUCCGUUUAGUCAAUCAAUCAAAAACUCUCCCAGAUGUUCUUUUGAUUUCGAUUCCAUUCUCACCAUGUCUUCUUCCGGAUCGUACUGGUGUUACAGCUGCAGCCGCUUCGUCUGGGUCUCCGACUCCAUCUCCUGCCCCGACUGCGACGGAGGCUUCCUCGAACACAUCCAACAAUCCCUCGAUUUCACACCUCCCUCCUCCUUCCUCCGUCACCACCGCAGCCCCACGCGCUUCCCUCCCCCUUCCUCCUCCUCCUCCUCCAUGCACACGGCGGAGAACAGCCCUCCUCCUCCUCCUCCCACCGUCACCCGCACAAGAAGCAACUCAAGCAACCGCUCUCCCAACCCCGUCAUCGUCCUCCGCGGCGGAUCUAACCCCUCCGAAUCCGCUUUCCAGAUGUACUACGACGACGGCACCGACUCAGGCCUCAGACCGUUGCCGCCGAGCAUGACGGAGUUUCUCUUAGGCUCCGGAUUCGAUCGGCUGUUAGAUCAGAUCUCUCAGAUCGAACUCACAGCCAACAACAACAACUCAUGUGAUAACCCACCCGCUUCUAAAUCCGCCGUCGAGGCUUUACCCGUGAUCGAGAUCGACCCGACCCAUCUCGAAUCGGAUUCUCAAUCUCACUGCGCCGUUUGUAAAGAAAACUUCGAGUUGAAAUCCGCCGCCCGGGAGAUGCCGUGCAACCACAUCUACCAUCCCGAUUGCAUCCUCCCCUGGCUCGCGAUUCGAAACUCGUGUCCGGUGUGCCGCCACGAGCUUCCGUCGGCGGGGGAUGACGGCGGCGGCGGAGCGGUGGUAAACGAAGAGGAGGAGGAUUCCGCUGCGGGAUUGACGAUUUGGAGGUUACCGGGCGGAGGAUUCGCGGUGGGGAGGAUCCCCGGAGGAUGGAGGGGAGGAGAUAGGAUGAUGCCGGUGGUGUACACGGAGGUCGACGGCGGGAGGCUCGGAGACGAGAGGCUUCCGAGGAGAGUGGCGUGGGGUUCGAGAAGAGGAGGGAGAGAAGGAGGUGGUGGUAGUAGAGAGAGAUCCGGCGGGUUUGCGGGUCGGAUUAUGAGACUUUUCGGAUGUUUCAGCGGGUCGUCUGGAUCCGUAGCUGCUGGAUCGGGGUCCGGGUCGAGAUCAACCCGGAGGAGCAGUUCGUCGUUUUCUAUGUUCAGGACUGCUUCUUCUUCAAGGAGACGACAUUAGCUCUAUUAGCUUAAUUUAUCUUAAGGUAAAAAAAAAAACAAAACAUUAAAAGACAAAACCCUCUUGUUUGAAUUUUUCACAUUUUUUUUGUGUUCUUCAGUGUAAUAAUGAUUAUAUUCUUUAAUCUAUGCGAGUAAAUUGAUACAUAAAAGCUUUAGGGUUUAGUGAGAUUGAUUUGAUUAGGUAUAAA